GUGACGUCAUCGCCCGUCCCUGAGCAAGAUGGCGGCGGCGUCGUCGUCGUGACCGCGCGGGCUUGAGGCGGCAGCGAGGAGGCGACGCGAGCGACGAUGGCGCCUCCGGUGAAGACGAAGAAGGCGGCGGCGGCGGCUUUGACAGGGAAGACGACGGGAACGAAGCAGCCGGUGAAGCAGCCGGUGAAGCAGGAGGACCUGAGGCGACUCAUGCGGGAGAAGCAGCGGGAGAAGCAGCGCUCGGCGGCCGCCGUCACCAAGCGCAUCGACUCCCCGCUCGCCAGGUACAACAGCCUGGGCCACCUUUACUGCGUCGUUUGCAACAUUCCAAUCAAGAGCGAGCUGCUCUGGCAGACGCACAUCUUGGGAAAGCUGCACAAGGAGAACAUUGCCGAUGCAAAGAAGAAUUCAACAACACCUACAGUCGCCCAGCUUCCACAGAAAAGGAAGCAGCCCAGUGUCAAUGAUAAUGUUGGUCAGACUUCUUCUUCACAAGCUGCUGGGCUUUCGGGAAAAUCUUUUGACAAGUCAGCGGCAGCUCCACUGUCAAAGAAGUCUUUGCUCAUAGGAGGGUAUGAUGAUGAAGACGAUGAUGAUGACGAUGACGACGAUGACGAUGAUGAAGAUGCAGUCAAAGAAGAAUGCAAAGGGGAGGAAGAUGGCAAAGCCACCAGCAACAACACAAAUUCUACAGCCAGCAGCCUUCCAGGUGGUUCGUUUCACUCUGGCGCUGCUGCACCACCACCUCCUGUGUCCCACUCGGGAACAAUCACCAAGGCCGGAGAAACGGAGAUGAAGGCUGAGAAGCCGAAAGAAAAUACCGUUGAAGCAUUACCAGAAGGGUUUUUUGAUGACCCAGUGAUGGAUGCGAAGGUACGGAAGGUAAAUCUCCCCAAAGAGCAGAUGGAGAAGGAGUGGGAAGAAUUCCAGAAAGAGAUGAGACAGCAGACCAUGGUGUCGGAGGCGCUGCAGGCGGAAGAUGACGAGGAGGUCCGAGUGGAGCGGCAGAUUAAGGAGAUAGACGAGCAGAUCGAGUGCUACCGUCGCGUCGAGAUGCUGCUCGACAAGCGCCACUCGCUCAAAGAGAAGCUCAAGGACACGCUGGCGGACCGGGACAAUGUAGACGAAGAGGACGAUGAUGACGAGGAGCUACGGAACUUCUUGUCUGGUGAUUGGAGGGCUAAAGGCACGUGGCUGUGAUGUCCAUGUGCAAUUGCUGUACAAUAUUUCUGAGUUUGUGAUAUGAUCUGUGUAAAGGACAGUUGCUCACCUGGUGUGUAGUAUGGUUCAUCUAAGAGAUUACCUGCCCUUUUGAUCAUGUGUUUGUAACCAUGUAAAUAAUAAAGUUGAAGAAAUUGAAUUUUGUAAUCAU